AUGAGCAUAGUGAUCCCGUUGGGGGUUGACACAGCAGAUACUUCUUAUUUGGAAAUGGCUGCAGGCUCAGAACCAGAAUCUGUAGAAGCUAGCCCUGUGGUAGUUGAAAAAUCGAACAGUUAUCCGCACCAGUUGUAUACCAGCAGCUCACAUUCACACAGUUACAUUGGUUUGCCCUAUGCAGACCAUAACUAUGGUGCUCGGCCUCCUCCAACGCCUCCAGCUUCUCCUCCUCCAUCAGUGCUUAUAAGCAAGAAUGAAGUAGGCAUAUUUACCACUCCCAACUUUGAUGAAACCUCCAGUGCUACUACCAUCAGUACGUCAGAGGAUGGAAGCUAUGGAACUGAUAUUACCAGAUGCAUUUGUGGCUUUACACAUGAUGAUGGAUAUAUGAUCUGUUGUGACAAAUGCAG